GAGUCAAACCCCCGAACCAGUAAGGGUGUGCUAUGGCGUCAUCAAGUCAACCUAGCGGGAGUGGAGACGGAGACGGCACUCGAAGGAAUCCGCAGACCUGCUACAGUUGUCAUCUGCCGAGUCACUACGCUAGAGAUUCCGGAGCGUAUUGGAAGGAAAAGUAUGAAGGCAAGACAGGUGUAUCCGGAGGAGCUGGGGCAUCCGGGCCUGUUCGCGGAAGGUCAACAUCACCUGUGAGAAGACGCUGGGAAUCCGCUAAACGAUCACCGUCGGCGGAUCUGAAAUAUCGUAGUUAUCGAAGUGAUGAAAAGGAUAGCGUUAAGGACUUGGUCAGUUUGUUGAUGGCAGAACGCGAGGAGAAGGAGAGAGCAAAGAAAGAGGAGGAGGAUAGGGUCAAGUUGAAACGAGAGAAGGCGGAGAAGGAGGCGAGAAGGUUAAAGAAGGAAGAAAAGUGUAGAAGGGAGCAGCAAGAGAAUGACGAGAGAUUGAAAAAAAAAAUUGAUCUCCAGUUCGCAAAAAGGUGGGGGGGAGCAAUGAAGCACGUGGAAGUCGACAGCUCGCUUGAGUUCAAGCGGAGGCAUCGGCGAUAUCGGAAGGCUUCCAGAAGAGGAAAGCAUCAUUGGAGAACAUACAUAAUGACCUCUGAUUCUGACGACAGGGUUUCAGAUAUCAGCCAACGCACUCGCUUGCUUCAUCUGACUGAAAAGCGCAAGCGGACAUCUACCGCCACGAAAGAAGAAGACUCACUUUCGCAAUCAAGUCCUAACGUCACUCCGCUAAAGAUACAUCGAGCAAGGGAAUUGCCUCCGAAGUCCUCGCGGGGGAAGUCGGCUAAGAAGAUGAAAACCACCUUGAAGCCGGUGACGAUGAAGAAACUUCGAGAGAAGAAUGAACCUAAAGUAAAGGGAGCGGUAGCAGGAUGUGGGGAUGGGUCUCGUCUACAGCUCGUAAAAGACACGGCAGAGCAUUUGGACGGCUUGGACUACCGCGUGAUACAGAAAAUGUGUAAGAGGGAAGGCUUACCAUACGUACGUAAAGGGCAGGCGGUAAUGGCUUUGGCAGAAAAGAAAGCUCAAGUAGCUUACGAAGGCACAAAGGAUGGUGUACCGGACUACGCAAAGAGCAACGAGGAAUCUGCUACGACCAGCGACUCCUCUUCUUCUGACAACGAAGCCGGGACAACCGACGACUCACCCUGCAAGGAGAACGUGAAUAUUGCAUGAAGAGGUCAAACGAACGCUGAGCUUUGGGAAUG